AUGGCUCCAUCAAAGAAAGUUGCUCCAUCCCCAUUCGCCUCCAAGGGUGCUUCCAAGUCUAAGGCCCCAAAGAACCCAUUGGCUGAGGCUAAGCCAUUGAAGUUCGGUAUCGGUCAAGCUAUCCAACCAAAGAGAAACUUGUCCAGAUUCGUCAAGUGGCCAGAGUACGUUCGUCUCCAAAGACAAAGAAAGGUUUUGUCCUUGAGAUUGAAGGUUCCACCAGCUAUUGCCCAAUUCCAACACACUUUGGACAGAAACACCGCUGCUGAGGCUUUCAAGUUGUUCAACAAGUACAGACCAGAGACCAAGGCUGAGAAGAAGGAGCGUUUGACCAAGGAGGCUGCUGCCAUCGCUGAAGGUAAGACCAGACAAGAGGCCUCCGAGAAGCCAUACCUUGUCAAGUUUGGUUUGAACCACGUUGUCUCCUUGAUUGAGAACAAGAAGGCUAAGCUCGUGUUGAUUGCCAACGAUGUCGACCCAAUUGAGUUGGUGAUCUUCUUGCCAGCUUUGUGCCGUAAGAUGGGUGUUCCAUACGCCAUCAUCAAGGGCAAGGCCCGUUUGGGAACCCUGGUUCACCAGAAGACCUCUGCUGUUGCUGCCUUGACCGAGGUUAGAGCUGAAGACGAGUCUGCUCUUGCCACUCUGGUCUCCACCAUCAACUCCAACUUCGCCGAGAAGUACGAGGAGAACAGAAAGCACUGGGGUGGUGGUAUCUUGGGUGCUAAGUCCCAAGCCAAGGCCGACAAGAAGGCUAAGUACGCUGCUGCUGCCGAGAAGAAGUGAUGCUUCGCAACGGGCUUUGUAUAUGGAUAUGUAUAUUAGGUGGGUAUAACGAU